UCUCUCCCUGCCGUUUAGCGCUCGCUGCUGUCUCUUUCUGCUCCUGUUCUCAGUGAACGGUGAGGGUGAAACUCUACAGAGAGUAGCCUGCAGCCUCAGCCACAGAAACUCGGGUUUAUUCCAACUUUACCGCCAGUUGUGCGUGUGUGUGUGCGCGCGCGCGUGUCUGGGUGAACACGCUUUGUUAGCACAGCAAAUUUAGCCGGCAGUGAGUCACACACACACUCACACCCGCGGUCGGAACUUGAAAUGUGACGGUAAUCAAAAUGGGAGGAAAGUCGUAGCUAGCUCGCUGAAGUUGGAGGUUCUCCUUGUGGAAGAAGAAGGAAGAGGUGGCGGCGGACACCACGAGUUCACUCACAAUAAAAGAUUUUUGGGAGGAACUAAUCCAGCGCUUAACAACAUCAGAGGAUCGAGUCAUGCAGCAGUGGUUAAGACAAGAGUGUGAAUGAACUAACAGGAAGUGGAAGUGAGGGCUUUCCCGAGUGAGCUCAGCCUUCCAACAUACCGCCUCCUUUCACUGGGCUAAGAUGAGUAUUACCAGCGACGAAGUGAACUUCUUGGUCUACAGAUAUCUCCAAGAGUCAGGUUUCUCCCACUCAGCAUUCACCUUUGGCAUUGAGAGCCACAUCAGCCAAUCCAACAUCAAUGGAACACUAGUGCCCCCUGCUGCUCUCAUCUCUAUCCUGCAGAAAGGACUCCAGUAUGUGGAGGCAGAAAUCAGCAUUAAUGAGGACGGCACGGUCUUUGACGGUCGACCGAUUGAGUCACUGUCGCUCAUUGACGCGGUGAUGCCAGAUGUGGUGCAGACGCGGCAGCAGGCCUUCCGCGACAGACUAGCCCAGCAGCAGACCACCUGUACCAUAGCAGCUUCAACCUCUGGAAUCCAGUCCAAUGCGCCAAAAAAUGGAGAAGCCACUGUCAAUGGCGAGGAGAAUGGUACUCACAACAUGAAUAACCACAGUGAGCCUAUGGAGAUGGAUGUGGAUGUUGAGAUACCAGCCAGUAAAGCUACAGUACUCAGAGGCCACGAGUCUGAAGUUUUCAUCUGCGCCUGGAACCCUGUCAGCGAUCUGUUGGCCUCAGGUUCGGGGGACUCCACUGCCAGGAUCUGGAACCUGAACGAGAAUAAUAACUCAAUCUCCACCCAGCUGGUGCUCCGCCACUGUAUCCGAGAAGGUGGCCAGGAUGUCCCCAGCAACAAAGAUGUCACCUCCCUAGACUGGAAUAGCGAUGGGACUCUUCUGGCAACGGGCUCGUAUGAUGGAUUUGCCAGGAUAUGGACAAAGGAUGGAAAUCUGGCAAGCACAUUGGGUCAACAUAAAGGGCCCAUAUUUGCACUCAAGUGGAACAAGAAGGGGAACUGUAUUCUCAGCGCUGGUGUAGAUAAGACGACAAUCAUUUGGGACGCACACACAGGAGAAGCCAAACAGCAGUUCCCUUUCCACUCAGCCCCAGCACUGGAUGUUGACUGGCAGAACAACACCACGUUUGCCUCUUGCAGCACAGACAUGUGCAUCCACGUAUGUCGACUUGGCAGCGACCGCCCCCUCAAGACUUUCCAGGGCCACACGAAUGAAGUUAAUGCCAUUAAGUGGGACCCAUCAGGUAUGCUGCUUGCCUCCUGCUCGGAUGACAUGACCUUAAAGAUUUGGAGUAUGAAGCAGGAGUCAUGUGUCCAUGACCUCCAGGCUCACAGUAAAGAAAUCUACACUAUCAAGUGGAGCCCCACAGGCCCCAGCACAAAUAACCCCAACGCCAACAUCAUGCUUGCCAGCGCUUCUUUUGACUCUACAGUGCGACUGUGGGAUGUUGAACGAGGAGUUUGUAUUCAUACACUGACCAGGCACCAGGAACCGGUCUACAGCGUGGCCUUCAGCCCUGAUGGCAAACACCUAGCCAGCGGCUCCUUUGAUAAAUGUGUCCACAUUUGGAAUACUACGACUGGAGCCUUGGUGCACAGCUACAGGGGUACUGGCGGCAUCUUCGAGGUGUGCUGGAACAGCACCGGAGACAAAGUUGGUGCCAGUGCCUCCGACGGCUCGGUUUGUGUUCUCGAUCUCCGAAAAUAGCCCACUUGAUGAUUAAUCCUGGAUUGUGGAGAAAAAUGCCUUCUCCUGCCAUCAGCAAACACACACUCAUUGCUCAAGAAAGGCUGUAAAGGUGAACUGAAUGAAAACUCUCACCGGAAUAAAACCAGAUCACUGCAGCGGUUUUAACUCCAACUGAAUUCAGCGCACCCUCCAGUCGAUGUGUGUAUUUUAUGAGAAGCCUGUUUGAGACAUAGCGGAAGCUGGCUAAGAGAUUCCCCUAGACUGGACACAACUCGCUGGGUGCAUCCAUGUAUUAAAAUGGUUCCUUAUGAUGAAGUGCUGCGAUCCCCACGGGCCACUGGUCCACCGUUUUCGGGUUGUGAGGGUAGAAACACGGAUGAGCCGAGAUAUAUAAAGACAAAAGUGUUAUUGAGACACUGGUGUUUGGCUGUGAGAGGAAACAAAUUGCGAGGAACUUCAUGUCGUAAUGAAGUAACACAAUGAAAGUAGCUGAUACUGAAAACUGAAGCACUGCUGCUGUCUGUUGACACAGUGCUUAAUUUCUCCCCAGUGGAGAAACGUUUGUUUCAAGAGUAAUUCUUCCUUUUCUUUUCUUUUUUUCCUUUGUUCCUCCGUCUUUUCUUUUUUUUCUUUAUUUGUAUCUAUUUUCCACAGAUGGAUUUUUGAAAAUCAAACUGAAUGUGCCGCUACGAGGUAGUUCUUAGCUCAUUUUUAACAUCAGGUUCAACAACACAAAAGGAAAGGCCUGCCAAGAAAUUGUCCUAACUUCCAAAAAUGACCUGUUCGAUUCAGUCGUCAGAAAACGUCAUUCUGUGGACAAGAUGUGAAAAGUGUGCUUUAUACAGAGAAUUAUCUGCCGCUCUAGAUGUAAAUUUAAAGAAUGUAAAGAUGUAAAUUAGAUUCAUACACAGACUUAUAUACUGUGUAUAUAUGUUUAUAUACAGCACACUUUAUUGCAAUCCUGUAGGGGCUUUUUAAUGGCUAGAGCUAUCAGAUCUUUGCUGAUAAUUCAAGACAAGACCACUCUUUAAAUGAAGUGCAUAUCUCAUGAGCUUCUUAUGUUGCAGCCUUUCUGAAAUCUGCCAGUCGUAUCCAUUUGAUCGAGCUUACUUUUCAUUAAGUGAAUCACAGAAAAAACAUCAAGGAAAAGCCAUGGAGGAAAUGUACACCGCAUCAUCUGCAUUUGGGAAGUUCUCUUGUUAAAGAUUUUAGCAGUCAUCACUAUCCUACUUAGCCUGCUGCUUUUAUUUCUGUUUUGUGUGUAAAACAAGUCAUCACGGGACUCACAAACCUGUAACUGCCAAGCAGACAAGCAAGGAAAGUUUCUGCAGCUUGUUUUAUUAUUAGCAUGGUUCCUCUCUGGCACUUUUCCUCUGAUCAGCCUACUGAAAAUUCAGAUCAUUUGACCAGGAGGUGGAUUUUAUGCAAAAGCCUUGCUGUUGUUUAAUUUUUUUUUUUUUU